AUGGAAACUAGAAAAGAGUCCAAGUGUUCAUCUACAGCAGACGUGUUGAUUCUGACUCUGGAUCAGAUCCUGCUGACAGACUGUGGACAUGAUGGAUGUUCCCUCCUUCGUCUGCAAAUUAAAGGUGUGAAAGAGACUGGACAGACUCACUGGCUCAUGUCAGACAGUCAGAUGGAGCAGAUGAAGCACAGAUGUGAAGAGCAGAUAGCUGCUGGUCCUGGUUCUGGUUCUGGUUCUGGUUCUGGUCCUGGUUCUGGUCCUGGACUCUCUGAGACUCACUGUGAAGUUGUGUCCUCAGCUCUAAAAUCCAACCCUUCCCAUCUGACAGAACUGGACCUGAGUCAGAACCAGCUGUCUGAUUCUGGAGUGAAGGUUCUGAGUUCUGGACUGGAGAGUCCAAACUGUAGACUGGAGGUUCUGAGGUUGAGGAGAUGCAGGUUGUCAGAGAUCAGCUGUUCUUCUCUGAGCUCAGCUCUGAAGUCCAACCCAUCCCAUCUGACAGAACUGGACCUGAGUCAGAACCACCUGUCUGGUUCUGUAGUGAAGUAUCUCUGUGGUUUCCUGGAGAGUCCAGACUGUAGACUGGAGGUUCUGAGGUUGAGGAGCUGCAGCUUGUCAGAGAUCAGCUGUUCUUCUCUGGUCUCAGCUCUGAAGUCCAACCCGUCCCAUCUGACAGAACUGGACCUGAGAUUGAAUGGCCUGAAGGCUCCAGAUGUUAAACAGCUGCUGGGUCUUGUGAAGAGUCCAAACUACAAGCUGUAGACUCUGAGGUCAGUAUCUGGGUGGAGUGAGUCCAGGCUGCUGUCAGCAGGACUGGACUAAACCCAGUUAGCAUCAAAGCAAAGAUCCAGUGCUUCCAGUAAAGCUGCAGCUUCCCAGUGGCUGUGAGAGGAGAACGGUGACAAGCUUCAUGAUUGGACACCAAGGAGCCAAUCAGGAGAGCCAGAAGCUUAUUGUGCUGGUUGCUUCCACAUGUCUAGAGACAGUGGUCCUCAUCCAUCAGAUCUGAUCUCAGACUGCUG